CCCCCAGUACUGAAAUUAAGCAGCACCCAACACAGGCCUACUCUUACGACAUGUGACUUUACUGUUUUCCGUUUUUGUUGAAAGAGUCAUUAACAGUUAGGAGUUGAUGGCAGUUUCAAUAACAGGUCAUUGCUGAGAAAAGGAUAGCACUAUAAUAUGCAGAAAUCUACAAAUUCUGAUACUUCUGUGGAAACACUGAAUUCUACACACCAAGGCACAGGAGCUGUGCAAAUGAGAAUCAAAAAUGCCAACAGCCACCAUGACAGGCUCAGCCAAAGUAAAUCCAUGAUCCUCACCGAUGUCGGGAAGGUCACUGAACCUAUAUCCCGACACAGAAGGAAUCAUUCACAGCAUAUCUUGAAAGAUGUCAUUCCUCCAUUGGAACAACUGAUGGUUGAAAAAGAAGGUUAUCUGCAAAAAGCUAAAAUUGCAGAUGGAGGAAAGAAACUAAGGAAAAACUGGUCUACUUCCUGGAUUGUUCUUUCUAGUCGAAAGAUUGAAUUUUACAAAGAAUCCAAGCAACAGGCUCUGUCCAAUAUGAAAACUGGGCACAAACCAGAAAGUGUGGAUUUGUGUGGAGCACACAUUGAAUGGGCCAAGGAAAAAUCUAGCAGAAAGAAUGUCUUUCAGAUCACAACAGUAUCAGGAAAUGAGUUCCUUCUACAGUCAGAUAUUGACUUCAUCAUAUUGGAUUGGUUCCACGCUAUCAAAAAUGCAAUUGACAGAUUGCCAAAGGAUUCAAGUUGUCCAUCAAGAAACCUGGAAUUAUUCAAAAUCCAAAGAUCCUCUAGCACUGAAUUGCUAAGUCACUACGACAGUGAUAUAAAAGAACAGAAACCAGAGCACAGAAAAUCUUUAAUGUUCAGACUGCAUCACAGUGCUUCCGAUACAAGCGACAAAAAUCGAGUUAAAAGCAGAUUAAAGAAGUUUAUUACCCGAAGACCUUCCCUGAAAACUCUGCAAGAAAAAGGACUUAUUAAAGAUCAAAUUUUUGGCUCUCAUCUGCACAAAGUGUGUGAACGUGAAAAUUCCACAGUUCCGUGGUUUGUAAAGCAAUGCAUUGAAGCUGUUGAGAAAAGAGGUCUAGAUGUUGAUGGAAUAUAUCGAGUUAGUGGCAAUCUGGCAACAAUACAGAAGUUAAGAUUUAUUGUCAACCAAGAAGAGAAGCUGAAUUUGGACGACAGCCAGUGGGAGGACAUCCACGUUGUCACCGGAGCACUCAAGAUGUUUUUCCGGGAGCUGCCUGAGCCGCUCUUCCCUUACAGUUUCUUUGAGCGGUUUGUGGAAGCGAUCAAAAAGCAAGACAACAACACAAGAAUUGAAGCUGUAAAGUCUCUUGUACAAAAACUCCCUCCACCAAAUCGUGACACCAUGAAAGUCCUCUUUGGACAUCUAACUAAGAUAGUGGCCAAAGCCUCCAAGAACCUCAUGUCCACGCAAAGCUUGGGGAUUGUAUUUGGACCCACCCUUCUGCGAGCUGAAAAUGAAACAGGAAACAUGGCAAUCCACAUGGUCUACCAGAACCAGAUAGCUGAGCUCAUGCUGAGCGAGUACAGUAAGAUCUUCGGCUCAGAGGAAGACUGACAGACAAGACAAGCGACUGAAUACGUUCACAUCUGUCUCGAUGCCUAAUAUUUUUACGUUUCUGUAAACAUAUUUCUGAAAUAUUUUUUGCCUUUCAAGCGACAGAUGCCUCAUUUUGUGAAAACUUAAUGAUGAUUUUGUGUUUAAGUUCCAAACAUUUGAAUAAAAUAAUUGACAAUA